UUGACACGUGGAGUGUUCUGGGAUGGACCGAGUAAGAUGUGUAUGAGGAGAUCGUUUAUAUAGCGGUGGGUGCGGGCACAUUGUAGUCACUUCAUUAAUAGCCUCUCUCCGAGCACUCUGUAGUAGCACGGCUCAAUUUGAAGGGCUACCGCUUUUUUAGAAGAAGUGCGUUUCUGUAAAACGGAAGAGCAAGAUUAUUUACAAAAAUAUGCAAAUUUAAGACGAUUGUGCUUCUGUGUCUUCUUCUGAAGUAGAACCCGGUUUCAUUUUUUUCCAUACCAUUAGCCUAAAGUUGACGGCUUUUUAACUUGGUGAGAGAAAAAACAUUCAGCAGAGAUCAUGCACUGUCAAGCCGAGUUGAGACUGUCCUCCCCCGGCCAGCUGAAAGCAGCCAGACGGCGCUACAAGACGUUCAUGAUUGACGAAAUACUUUCCAAGGAAACUUGUGAUUAUUUCGAGAAACUUUCUCUGUACUCCGUAUGCCCGUCUCUGAUCGUGCGGCCAAAACCUCUACAUUCGUGUUCGGGCUCCUCUUCGCUGCGUGCCUACCCCCUUCUGUCCGUCAUCACACGGCAACCCCCCAACCUGCCGCCUCACCUCUCCCAGCCCACUUCCCCGGGCACCCGGGUGCCCCACUUGCCCCUGAUCUCCCCCCAGCACCCCCGCACCUCCGAGCCCUCGCCCAGCCAGACCCCCGUCAGCAUCAGCAGUGAGUCGGAGACGGAGCACAACGCCCCCCGCCUGAAGAAGCCUCGCCGCAGUCGCACCAUUUUCACCGAGCUGCAGCUCAUGGGCCUGGAGAAAAAGUUUCAGAAGCAGAAGUACCUCUCCACUCCUGAUAGACUGGACCUGGCCCAGUCUCUUGGCCUCACACAGCUUCAGGUGAAGACCUGGUACCAAAACAGACGCAUGAAGUGGAAGAAAAUGGUGCUGAAAGGAGGCCACGAGGCCCCAACCAAGCCUAAAGGAAGGCCCAAAAAGAACUCCAUCCCCACGACGGAGGAGAUCGAAGCCGAGGAGCGGCUAGCCAGGCUGGCGGAGGAGGACCGAAUGAGGAGGGCGGCGGAGGACGCGCUGACGCACAGGGACGCCCCUCAGUCAGAGCCCCAGGACCUCAGCGCCAUCGCCGGGCACACAGAGCUCGACAGCCGGAGCGAGGGAGGCCCACGGGACCAGCCCCAACCGAUGCAGGCAGACUCCCACGCUGCCAGCUAGAUGAGACAGGUGCUGGAACAGCCAAAGACUAAUGUCACAUGGAGAACAGAAGCGCUUAGUGCCUCAGGAUCGCUGAAAAAAAAAACGAAAAAAAAGGUAGUCAUGUUUGGACUUUGACUGGAAUAGGUGACUUUAUUCAAAAGCAGUAGCUCAAAUGGUUUAGUCAUAUAACAUUUGACGUGUUGGAACUGUUAGAGACACAGCACAGGCAUUUACUUUAGAAAUACACACAGACAAUACGCAGCCUAGUGUUCUUCUGUUGAGCACUGUGUUCCCUGUGCUUAGUUUUGUGACUACACUUUUACACUGUGCUCUCACUUAGAAUUCCCUCAUGUUCAAUGAUAUCCAGUCUGCCUUAUGUAUUAAACUGUCGCUGUAUAUGUAAGUUGCACAAUAAGUUUUAAAAUAUUGUGCCUACGAAUACACAUACAUAUGUAUCUGUAUAUUCAAACAUGAAAUGACCACACUGGUCUUGGUGCCUUGUUGUUUCCAUGGACGAAGACUACAGCAAAUGUAAUAUGCAAACAUUUAUGUAAAGUAUUUGACACGUUUCUCACUGAAGAGCUUUGUUUUAGAGUCGUAAGUGUGAUAUAGCUUGGUAAAUAAUUAUGGAGAGCACUGAGAUAAAGUCUGUGUGGAGGUAUAGCUGCUCUAGAUAUGUUUUUGGUGGUUAAUACCACAAUACUUCAAUGUUUUUUCAUUUGCAAAAUUUCCAAAAAGAUAUGUUUCCAUUAUUUGAGGUGGAUUGACAUAUGUAUGUAUGUGUGUCAAACUAAUGCACUGUAAUAUAAUGUAGAAAUAUUCUGUAUAGUGAAAUGUUAGAUGGUAUAUAAUGUAAAGUGUUCUAUUUUCAUUUUGGAAAAGAAAUGGAUUAUAUCUACAGUAAUCCUUUCUAUCUGUCUGUUCACGGGGUGGGCUGCUUUUAAGGCUAUGAGGGAAGCCUCUUAAGCUGUCAGAGUCUCUGGGAAUGAAUAAAUCACAGCCUUUGCCAAAGAUAUAGGGAAACUGCCAAACAUUUAAAAUCUUUUAGAGAUGUUUUUAGCCCGCAGGCCUUUCAUGAGUAACUCAUGCCUAAAAGCUGACUUACUCACAUAAAACUGUCUUCAACCUCAUGUCAAUUUAUUUUCUUUACGCUGUGCAAGCCAGUUGUGUCCUUUAAAACGUUUUCUAUUUGUGAGUUGUUUUCUAAGAAUAUAUGAAUCUAUUUUUUUGUCGUAAACAAUAUUGCAGUAUUUUUCUGAUGUACAGAAUGCUUGUUUACAUAAGCUACGGAAUUACUUUGGAGUGGAAAACACAAAGGUUGCUGGUUACUGUUCAGUUUAAAGUUUCCCAUAUACUGUAUAUUUUCCCAUAUACUGUAAAUGUGUGUGUUUUUGUGUAUUUAAAUACAUUUAAUGCAAUGUCAAUCAUUUACUAAUUAAAAUAUUUCACAUAUCCAGAUUUAUACCUAGAUAAAUUUAAUGUAAUCAAAUGCUCAUUUUAAUCUUAGAC